GUCCCUUGUUAUUUGUAAUUUCGGUUCGAGCAAGGUGCGUUCGGGGUGCCCGGCUGUGCCUCAGUGAUUGAAGGACUAGUAUGAAACUUGUGAUAUUGUUUGGUAUACUGGCUGUUGUGGUUGGUGCAGCUCCCGACGGGUACCAUUACGAUCGACCUGGCGUUAGUAGCACUCUUUACUUUCCAUCAGCACCCAGUUAUAAUGUGCCCAGCGAUGAUUGCGAUGAGCCAGUGCAUCAUCAAGAAGUGUUAAUCCAACCCAAUAUACCACCGUCUUACACACCAAUUCAGCAUACGUCUCACAUAUUACCAGCACCAGUGAAAACAACAAUAGUGCAACCUCUGAAGACUCAUGUGUCUUAUGAAACUCAACAGCUCGGUGGACACUCGUAUCAGCAGCAGUCUCUUGGCUGGAAUGUACAAAAACCACAACCACAGAUUGUUUGGAAGCAACCCGACCAACCGAAACCCUGGAUAUCUGUGAAUCAACAUCAACCAGCGGCGAAAAUCUGGGUUAAACCUCAGCACACCGUCGAAGAAGUGUACAAACACGUGUAUGUGCAUGUUGCUCCAGAGGAUAAAGAAGAUUACCAAUUACCACAGGUGAUCCAACCUGCAGCUCACAAACAGACCCAUUACAAAAUCAUAUUCAUUAAGGCGCCAAGUCCUCCUUCGCCGAAAUCAGUAGUGCUUCCACCACAACCACAGAACGAAGAAAAAACCAUUGUCUAUGUUUUGCACCAGAAACCUGAACACAAGCAAGAAGUUAUCCUGCAGAAGCCAGAACCAGCUAAACAGAACAAACCGGAAGUUUAUUUCAUCAAGUACAAAACCAAGGAGGAACAACAUAAGCAUCAAUUACAUUUCGUAUCAUCUACUGUCGCCCCCGUAGUCUACAACGGUGCCAGUGAUGUGAAAUUAGUGAACAGUGGAGCGUCUAGUCAUUCUUCGGGAUCUUCGGGAUCGAGCUAUUCUUAUGUGAGUAGCACUCCUGCACCAGCCGUUCUCAAACCGGUGAAGGAAGUUACUCCAAGCUACUCCUACAUUAGCAGCACUCCGAGUCCCGUAGUUCACACUACGGGAUCUCAAUCCAGCGGUAGCAACUCUAUCAGCUCCGGAUAUUCCAGUGGAAGCAGUUAUAGCAGUUUUUCACGUGGCAGCGGCCAUGAAUCUAGUGGAUACGAAAGUUACGUUGAUCUUGGCAACUCCGGCUAUUCAAGCUUUUCUAGUGGAGGAGUAGGCCAGUUAGGAGUGAUCAAUGUUGGUCCGAGUGAAUAUCCCACCAUUCAUAGUACUACCGUGGCUCCGCUCGUUAAAGUGGCCUCAACAGGAGCUUCCUACGUUAGUACAACACCGCACAGUGUGGUCAGUAGCACGAUUGGUUUACUACAAGAUGUGGCAAUCAAGAAUCCUGGUCUGAGCGGUUAUGCCAGUCAAUCCAAUCCUCACAUCCCUACCGUCGUAACAACCAAGAAAAGCUGCCGACGAUGUGCCAGUACGACUAGUGCCCCACUGAAGAUAGUUCAAGAUGCUUACGUUUCUAACUUGUAUUGAGGAAGCGUUUUUAGUAACCUUUUUUUUCUCUCUAGUAAGUAGUUUCAAUAAAUCGCUUAGACAAUUAAGAUAAAGAAGAUUUAGUUACAUAA